GACAAGCAGUCGCUGUUUACUCGGCUAACCGCGCGGUCGACCGUUAAUCGUUUGUCCGUCCGUCCGUCCGUCGUGCUGGCAUCGCGUAUCACGUGCUCGUGUGUCUUGAGCGUAUUUUUUUUUCCGCGUUUUUCCGAUUUUUCUCGACCGUCGUCGCCGAUUUGUUCGUCGGAAAAUCGUCCACAAAACCUGGUCACCGGUCAUAGCGCGGUAACACCACCACCCAACACAACCGUCAUGUCGACCGGCAGAUUGGUGGCGGCCUGGGCGCUGUUGACGGCGACGACCGUAGUCGUGGCGGCCGCUUUACCGCGCGACGCGGCCAACGAGGACCUGAUGAAAGCUUCGCCGCUGACCGUCGCCCAAUGCCGGGCCGGAUGUUUGCACAAGCUCGUGCCGAGUGAAAUGGAAUCCACGGAUUGCGAAAACAGACCAGAUUGCUGGAAAUGCUGGAAGUACUGCGAGGUGUUGCAAACCGAAGGCAAGAACAUGAAGAACAUUUGCGAACACAAAUGCGACGCCGGUUGUCAAGAAGCGUGUUCGUUCCACGACUGGCACAGUUCGUCGCAGCCGAGCCCAGUGGUCGAAGCCCGGGGCGAACGGGCCCUGACAGUGGAGGCCGGCACGUUGCGGUGGCCCAAGCCGACCGACUCGUCGUCGCCCAGACUCGUGUACGUCAUCAUGAGGCGCCGCGAGCCCGGAACCCGGCGCACGUGGUCACAGCUGGGACAGACGCCCGGCUUCAAGGCCCGCCUGCCCAAGACCACGGUUCCCUGCACGGUGCGAGUGCUGGCCGUGUCCGCCGAGGGCCUGGUCACCAUCUACAGCCCGGCCACCGCGGACGCCACGCCGGCGGCGUCGUCCACGGAAACCGAUUCCGCUGCGGCCGCCCCGUCGCCGUUGGCCCCGGCCCCGGCCGCCGGACUCGCCCUACACGAUCUCCGCGACGCCGACGUCAUCAUCAGGAGUUUGGGCCGCGACCAGAUACUCGGUAUCCGGUUGCCGUUGGCCGCCCGUUCCGAAUCCCAAGACGAGUCGCUCCGGCUGAUGGGCGACGAUCCUCCCGCAGACUCUUCGGAAGUGUGGAACUUGCGGGAAGUGUCGAUGAUCCAUCAGAAGGUGCUGGUGAUCGCCGAAGUGGCGUGGGACGCGAGACAAGUGCGCCGGCCCGCCUACUUGGUCACGUGGGAAAUCGUCGGAGGCGGUCUGAAGGGCAACUUGUUCACCGACACUACGUGCGUCACGCUGUCCCUGUGGCCGGACACGGCUUAUCUCAUACAGGUGUCGCUUUUGGGAGGAGCCGACGAUUCGGUUAAAAUGUCCAGCAGCCCUACGCUGCUGUUGGACACGAGGAGUGCGGUGCAUUCGACCACCGCAGCUGUGCCGGUGCCGGUAACGGAAACGACGACCCCCGAAGCGGCGAUGGCGAAGACCUUCGACAACGGAAGCGAUUCGUGGUCUGACGAGAUAACCGGCGAGGACGUGACGGCCGAACUGUCAGCGCCCGAAGCGCCAGCAGUCUUGGGGCACACCGAAUGGCAGAUGAUGACCGCCGCUGGUCUAGGAGUCGCCUUGUUCCUGUUGAUGGCCGUGGCGCUAGUUUCCUGUAGAACCCCGUCCCCGGCCACCCUGAAAGCCGACCCCGAAUGUCCGCCCCUUUUGGACUACCCGCCCAAGUCGUCGUACGAUUUCACUAAAUAUUUAGGACGCUGUCGGAAGUCCCAUCACCGACUGCUCGUCGACGACCCAUUACCACCUCCACACCAUUCGCCGGCACAAGUGAUGCACGUCCGGCAUUAGUCAGAACCGAGGCGGUCGUCGAAUGAUAAGUGUUUAUUUGCCAACGUUCGAGUCCUAAACUAAACAAAUCGUAUCGCAUUUUGUCCCUAUACCUUUUUUUUUUUCGAAUGUAUAAAUAUAUAUUAUAAUGUUUUGUAAAAAAAUGUUUACUUUGUACAUACAUGAUAAUAUGCAAAACCGUUGUAAAUAAUGUAUUAGGCGUCCUAAUUUUUCCAAAUGUACAUAACUAUUUCUAUCUAUCCUUUUAUUAUUAUUAUUUUACUAUAUAAAUAUAAAUAUACACAUACCGGGUGAUUGGUUAACUAUGGACCAGUCAAUAAGACAUUAGACUUUUUUUAGUUAUUUUUUUUUUAUAAUUUUAUAGCUAUUAGUUGGGACAAAUUUAAUAUAUUUUUAAAAAAUAUAACCCCAUCCCUUACAUGUUAAAACCGUGUGAACUUAAGAAUUUGAAAUGAUAACGUACAUAUUUUAUUAACUUUUAAAAUGAAGAAAAAUUUUCUGAAAAUUUUGACCGGUCGAUAACCAGUCUUGGAUAGUUAAUUUUCAAGUUAUUUAAUUUUAAGAAGUUAUGACGGGAGGGGAAGGGUGGUUGUGCAAUGUGCACAGAUAAAAACAUCUCUACUCUCCACCCUUCCUCUCGUCCUAAAUUUUAAACUUUAAUAACUUGAAAACCAAUUAUCCAAAACUGGUUAUCGACCAGUCAAAAUAUUUAGCAAACUAUUCUUAAUUCAAAAAGUUAAUCAAAUAUAUACGUUACUAUUAAAAAAACUCAAGUUUAUACGAUUUUUUACAUAUAAGGGACGGGUUAUAAUUUUAAAAAAAAAUAAUUUAAAUUUCUCCCAACUAAUGAAUAUGAAAUUAUAAAAAAAAAAAUACUUAAAAAAAGUCUAAUAUCUUUUAAGUUAUUGACUGGUCCAUAGUUCAACCGAUCGCCCGGUACAUAAUAUUAUUAUUUUAUAGAUUUACAAACGUACGAGUGACACGUUUGACGGCCAUAUAAAUAUUAGUAAUAUAGUACAUAUAUGUAUAUAUAAAUAACAGUUUACAAGCGAUUUGAUUCGGGCCAUAAUAAUUCGGCGGGACGUUAUAUGUUAAUUAUUUUUUUUUAUUAUAAUAAUAAUAUUGUGUACGCGUCGUACUAAUGUUAUGUUAUCUAGUCAUAUGUGAAUAAACUAUAAAUACAUUAUACGUUUGUAAUUCGACGUUGUGAACCGCUUUUGAAUAUUAUGAUUAUUUCAUGGACGCACUGUUGUAUUUCUUCCCCUUUUUGAAUGUUAUCACUCGCCCGAAAUCAUAUUAUUAAUUUUUUUUUUUUAAUUUGUGUAUCUACAUAAUUUUUAUUUUUUUUUAUACGUAAAAUUGUUGAAUUUUUAGUUAUUGUGAUUUUUUUUUUUUGUAACUAUUUAACGCCUUAAGUAUUAAUUAAUAAUUUUAACUGUUCCAAUCCCUUUGACUUCACAAUUAUUAUACUAUAUUUAAAGACUAUCCUUUAAGCUUUAUACAAAUAUAAUUAACGAUAUCGUUGUGUAAAAUAAAACUCUCUUGACAAAAUAUUA